AUGCCCUCCCUAUCCCUUCUCACAGUCACCGGAUAUGGCUCUUUCCUAGUCGCAAUAAAGCAUGCGUUUCAACAUCUUGACCAGUUUCAAGCACUGCAGAACAUUGCAUUCACUUGCAGCACGGUUGGAUGGUAUCAAGGAAGCGCUUAUCUGGUUUUGACAGAGGAGCCCCUGAACCGUUCCAUGGUUGCUGCAAUUGUUGCUAUCGCUUGGGGUAGUUCAUUUCGGUACCUUCGCAGAGGGCGAAAUGAUGAGGGAAUCGUUACAGCGGCUGCGGGAGUUGUCCAGGCUUGGGCGGCUCUCAACUAG